UAAAACAAAGUAAACGAUUAGUGUUUAAUUGAAUCUGUUUAAGCUUGAUUAGCGAUAAGAGUACGGUAAUGCCUUAACUGUUUCCAGCUCAUUUGUGUACGAGAAAGGUUAAAAGUCCACUCCACUUCAUUCGACUCAUUAUCAACUCCUCGAUUCAUCAAAAUAGAGAAAGAAAAAAAAAAUCGAAUUGAGUGGGAAAUGCACUAUCUGCAUAAACAAUCUGAUUUUCAAUUUUACUUCAUAUAUAACAAUUUCGCAUGAGAUUCAAGAUUCCUCUUUUCUCAAAAUUCCAACGGUGUUACAUCAUGGCCAUCGCCUUGACUUACAAAGUGCUGAUCGCCUAUGCAAUGGCCAUGAUGGUAAGCUGCCGGCCACAAAGUACUUCCCCACCUGUUACUGAUUUCGUGACAUCGACACCCGAGAUUUCUGAUCCAAUGAAAUCCGUGCAGCCUCCAAAUCAUCGGACAAUUUUGAUCGAGGAAUUUAAAUCGAAAGUGUUACGGCACUUAAAUAGAACGACAGAACCUGUCAACGAUAUUUCUUCUCCGAAAUUGCCCGAAGAAGUCAUUGCGCAUUUGAACCAGCAGCAUCUUUUAUCUGAUGCGAAACAGAAAGAAGAAAUAAUAAUUCGCCCUAGAAACAGUAGUUCUAGUUGUCUUUCCAGGACAAACUGCACCAGAUUUGAAUUCAUAACUGCUCAAGAUAUUGAUACUCUGCUGUCGGUUCAACUCUUAUUUUACAAGGCAGAUGUCCAGAAAAACUUAUCAGUCACUAUUUAUUCGUCAAUGGAUGCAGGAGCAGAUCCAGUAAUCCACCUAAAAGAAUACCAUUCUAAGUCAAAAACCGAUUCUGGUGUCGUUGCUUUUGAAUUACCGAUGAUAUUGGCUCUGGAUGCCAAAAACGGAGAAGUCUCGUGCACAGCAGAAGUCGAAGUUUCUUCUGUACAUGAAGAAGGUGACUUCAGUCCUGUUCUAGUUUUAACAAAAACCAUUGUAAAAGAAGAAAGAAGUCGACGCAAGGUUAGAUCCAAUGGAAGUUGUAACGAUUGCUGUUUGGAAUCAUUUUUCGUAACAGUUGAAGAACUAGGGUGGGAAGCUUGGGUACAUCAACCGCUUAUAUUUAACAUUGGAGAUUGCGUUGGACAUUGCACAGACACGCACACAUAUUAUAAGUCUCAAUAUCAAACAAUAAGAAACACAUUAUCUAAAAUAAAUAGCACACACUUUCAAAGACCUGCUUGUGCUUUUUGGACGCCAAAAUGUAAGCCUACUCAACUAGUAGCUCAAAAUAUCAUGUACGAUAACAAUGGAACAAUAAUUUAUGAUACAAUACCAUCCAUGGUCAUAGAAUCUUGUCAGUGUUCAUAAGACAGUCUGUGCGAAUAUAGUAUUAAAUUAUGAUUUGGAUGUUAAAAACACAGAAAUGGCAAUAUAAAAUGUUGGAAACAGAGCAUAAGCUAUGAAUAUAAGAAUUUUCAAUGGGAAAAAUAAAACCACAAGAUCUAUUAAAAUAUUGAAAUAUAUCCAAUACAUAUUAGAGAUAAUAUGGGAGCCAUUUCAAAGAAGAAAGUUAAACGAGAAAAUAAAAGCAUUUUAAAGAUAGUGUAGAGAGGGUAUAGUAGUGAAAUCUUCUUGAGUGAAUUUGGAAAGAUUCUCAGGUUUCAGGAGUUGGAAAUGCUUGAUCGAAUGCGGGGAAAAAAGGCCAAUACUGAAUGCAAAUGCACGUUGCAUACCAAUUUUCAUACACAUCGAUUAAGGAUUACACAUCUGUAUAAAAGCCUCUAAUACACAUCAUAUAAAUAAAGAUAAUUAUUUUCACUAAAAUUUAAGGGCUAAUAAAGGUCUAAAAUCAAGAUAUGAAGAAAAAAAAUUUAAAAAAUUAAGUCCAUGAAAACGUGCUUUUAUAGCACAGGUGACACAAUAAGUGACUUUCUUCUUACAAGUUCAUUCUAGUUUGAUUGAACUUUCCAACAAAUAGAAAAACUUUGUGUUUUAAAUUCACUUUUAUAGGGAUUAUCAAUAAUCAAAGUCAUAAGAGCCUCAGUGGCUCAGAAGAUAGAACAUUUGCCUCCCAGGUGACUGGAGUUUGAAUAUCAGCUGUACGAGGUUGAUGCAAAUUCUACAGAAGGCUCGCAAUAACCACAGUGGUGACCUAAAAUAUCCUCAGUGGUAGAUAGAUCAUUGGUUCUUUGCCAUUAGGCUAACCGUGGGAGGUUUUCAUUAUUUUCCUAGCCAUGUGGAGUAAAUGUGGAUUAGUUUCAUCAAAAAGUCCUCCAAGGCUAGUUUGUCCCAGCCUGAUACAGGAGUUCCCUUAUAUUCUGGAUUGGGUUCAAAGUUACAAGGCUAUAGAGCUGAACAUUGAAAAAUUUAAAUUCAUAACUGAAUCGAAUGUUCAACGCGGGUUAUAAAAUACAAAUUAAAAGUCAAGGCAUGAGUUAAUUUUUUCAGAAUAUCACACAGAGAGGUCCAUCUAAAGAUGAUUUCAAGGUUAAAUUCCCACUCAGGAAAAAGGCAUUACUUGUAUCUUUCAAAUUUCUAAUCAAUUUUGAAUUAUUUGAACAAGUAAAUUUAAUAAAAAUAUAAAAAAAUCAUUUCAACUUAUAUAAUUAUUAACAUUUUCAAACAGAAAAAUUUAUGUAAAAUAUAUAAUAAUUUUAAAAGCUCUCAUCUCAAAGAGAUUUUUCUUGCUGUGUCGCUGUAAUGAAGUUUUUAUAAUUAUAAAAGUAAUAGUUUAGAUAAUUUAAUCUAAAAAUUAAUUAUAACCUUUGUGUAGCUAAAAAAAAGCUAGCUUAUGCAUCAAAUUAAAAAUUAAAUUUAGUUCAUUUUGAUUAAAAAAAUUUCUGACAAAAAUUCAUGAUAGACAAAUAGCAGAAAAUGGUAUUGUUAAUUUCUCAUGAACAGUGAUGUGUACAAAAAAUAUACAAUUGCUACUUAUGACUUUGUAUAAUUGUUAUUUAUGACAACUGUUAUCAUGUCACAGCUAUACCUUCCCUACACUACAAUUUAAACAAAGCUAGCGAUAUCUAAGCUAGAUGUGAUCUUAAAGUUCAAAGUUAGUGCGAAAAUCCCACCGUUCAACAAAAAAAGUGCCAUUCUAAAAAUUAUAAAUGAGAAUAAUCUGCCUAAAAAAUACAUAUUUGAACUACUUAGUGAAUAAAAUGUGUAUUUAAAAUGAUGCAUUUGUCAAACAGAGAAGUUACAAAACAAAACAAAAAUUGUGCCAAGUUGGUUUAAAAUUUAUUUAAAUGCAUAGGAUAAUUUUAUGUUGUUGUUUGAAAAAGAAUCAUUGUAAAUAUUGUAAUCUAGUAGCUGUAUAUAACUAAUUAUUUAAACUAUUGUCAUUUCUUACAAUAAACUCUCAUGAUUCCAAGAAUAAGAUAAUUGAUAGGGGUGAUUGCAAAGAUUUCAAGAAUAGUUUAAGUUAAUCAAUAACAAUCAAGAAAAUUUUUAGCAACAUAAAAUGCUUACUCUUUUUAAUGUCCUUUGCUAGUUAAGCACCUGCAAUGACUAGUGAAAUGGGAAACUCGAUUCAAAUUUAAACGAACAGUUACUAUUUGUUUAUUUUUGGUAUAUCUCACACUUAUAAAUUAAAGCGAUAACAUGAAAUAAGUUUCACAUUUAAUAUUGAUGGUCAGAAUAGUUUAUCUUUUAACCCUUAAUAAGGCAAUUAUAAAAAGAAACUCAUUUAGUUUAUUAUCUAAAAUUAUUUUCAUUUUAAGAGCAUUUUAUCUACAACAAAAAAAGAAAAAAAUUAGUCAUAAACUACAAUUUAUAUACUUUAAAAGAACCAAAUUUAUAAAUUCUGUGUUUAUAAUUAUAAAUAAAUCAGGACUACAAUAGAAAUAAAAACAAUUAGAUAUGAUCAAAUGAAUAGCUUACCAGCAUUGGCCACUCUUUUUGGCCCAUGCUAAUCCUUACAGUUACCCACAUUUAUGUUAACAAGGCUCUUAUUAAUGAUAAUAGGUUAUCUUAAUGACAUUUAAUAUGCAAUCAACCCUUAUUUUAAGUAGUAAGUUUUAUUAUUGAGUACAAGCAAAGUAUGUAUUGUACUGCAUACUAAUACACAGCUAAGUUUCCCUUUAGUUUCAUUUUUGUAGCCUGUAUAAAAAUGUUAUAUUUAUUUAACUAUGUAAAAUGUAUAAAAAAUUAAAUAAAUUCAUUCAUUCAUGCUUGCUGCUUGGUCUUGACUGAAAUAAUUUUAUAAAACAAGCAGAAAACUCUUCUUGAUAAUUGAAUAAGAUAAUAAUUAUAUUUUUUAUAAUAUCUUAGUAAUUCAUUGUAAUAUUGGGUUUUAUAAAUGAAAUAUUGAAUGAUUUAUAAUUUUUGUAAAUUUAAACAUGGAUAGAAAUGUUGCCACUCUUCUAUAAUUUUCCAUACUUAAAAAACAUUGAUGCAGGGACUGUCUAGACAUAAGAAAUAUGUGUUUGUUCACUUAAUUAUCGAG